CAUGGCUUCUAAUACAAAUGUUCUAAUGCGUCUGGUGGCUUCAGCAUAUUCUGUUGCUAAUAAAGCAGGAACAAUUGUCAGGAAAGUCAUGGCUGGUGGAGACUUGGGCAUAGUGGAGAAGUGUGGAGCUAAUGACCUGCAAACUAAAGCAGACAGACUGGUACAGAUGAGUAUUUGUUCCUCCCUGGCACGGAAGUUCCCAAAGGUGACAAUUAUCGGGGAAGAGGAUCUUCCUUCUGAAGAGGUAAAUGAAGAACUGCUUGAGGAUGGCCAGUGUGAGGAGAUACUGAAGAAAGCAUGUCCUCCCCAGUAUAAUUCUGUCAAAGAGGAAGAGCUUGUUGUAUGGGUUGACCCGUUGGACGGAACCAAAGAAUACACUGAAGGUCUUCUUGAUCAUGUAACUGUUCUUAUUGGAAUUGCUUAUGAAGGAAAAGCAAUAGCAGGAGUUAUCAACCAACCCUACUACAACUAUGAGGCAGGUGCAGAUGCAGCCCUGGGCCGAACAAUCUGGGGAGUCCUGGGUUUGGGUGCCUUUGGAUUUCAGCUCAAAGAGGUGCUGGCCGGGAAACAUAUCAUCACCACUACACGGUCACACAGCAGCAAACUGGUCAACGACUGCAUUAGUGCUAUGAACCCCGAUACUGUGGUGAGAGUUGGAGGGGCAGGAAACAAGAUCAUUCAGCUUGUAGAAGGCAAGGCUUCUGCUUAUGUAUUUGCCAGCCCUGGGUGCAAAAAGUGGGAUACUUGUGCCCCAGAAGCUAUUUUGCAUGCAGUAGGAGGCAAGCUUACUGAUAUUCAUGGGAAUUUCUUUAAUUAUAAUAAAGAGGUCAAGCACAUGAAUUCAGGAGGCGUCCUUGCUACCUUGAGAAAUCAUGACUAUUAUGCCACUAGAGUUCCUGAGGCAGUUAAGCAAGCUCUCGUGCCUUAAAAGAUGGAUGGUGCGUUCCAUUUA